AUGCCUAGUAUAAUAUUUCCUGUCAGUGUACCACCUAUAAGGGAAAAGUGGAAUCAAUUUGUUUUACAGAAUUCUUUGAAUCUGAACAAUAUAACAAAACAUAGUGUUCUUUGUUCAGCCCAUUUUCACCCAUCUUCAUUUCUUGAAAAUAACAACAAAAUUAAGUUUUUGAAGAAAAAUGCUGCACCAACUUUAAUAGUUUCUAGAGUUAAAUCUGCUAGGAAUGAUUAUUCAGAAAUURUAGUACCUGCUCCAGAACUAAAUUUAGUAGAACAGCAAGCAAAUAGUUCAAGUUUUGAAGUUCAAAGAAAAUUAGUCAAGAUUUCAACAAGUAAUGUAUUUGAAGAAGGAAUAUUGCCKUUAGAUGAUAGUUCUGAAGUUGACGCAUCAAUAGACCAUACAGUUCAUCAUGAUCUAGAAACUACUGCAGAAUCAGAGCAAUCUUCUAGUUUCAACAAUUCAAUUACCAAUAAACAAGUGAUUUCAAAACUAUUCUUAAUUAUUUAAACUUGUUCAUGUGUGUUUUUUGUUUUAUGUGUUGUGCGGUUGAUGGAUUCAAUUGGAGCAAUUUUCUGAUUUGAUUAUUUCAAUUACCAAUAAACAAGUAAUUUUCUUUGACCUUUGU